GGCUUCUUGUGGUGUUUGUGUUCGAGAAGCAUGGCCGCCAUUCAUUCCCGUGCUCGCUUUAAUUUGUGAAAUCAUCAGGGCCCCUCCGUUAGGACCAUAUAGGGAUACCUUUCGACGCUCUUUUUACCUGAGGAUAACACGAAAACAAGGAACGGCCCCCGCUGCAUCGCUGGGAAUGUAUUAAUAGACAGCGAGCCUCCCCGCUGUAUGUCCGAGGGGACCCUGGGCCUAGGGCAGGGGAAACCCGAACCCCCUGGCGGCCCCGAUGGGGCCGACGUCGAGGACUCUUCCCACGCCGGGAAGCCACGCUUCCCGAGCAGUCAGGGGGGCGGCCGGCGACCCAGGGAGGACGAGGAGGAGGGGGGCGAGGGGCCGCCCUGCAAGCGCAGGCGCAAGACGGUGGGCUUCGACAGCGUCACCGUCUACUACUUCCAAAGGAUGCAGGGAUUCACCUGCGUCCCCAGCCAGGGGGGCUCCACCUUGGGGAUGAGUCCGAUGCACACGGAGAAGAAGACGUUUAGCCUGAAGCAGUACACGAGCGAGCGGCGGCGCCUGCACUUUGACGACCUGGACUGCGCCACUACUUCGUCCUCAUCGUGCUCCUCGCCGCCCGGCGAAGUGGUGGCGUCCACUUCUUGCGAGGGUCACCACCCGCCGUUCCAGAACCACCACCCCUGCCUGCAGAACAACAACAGCCACCACCACCACCAUCACCACCACUAUCACCACCACCAUCACCAUCAUCAUCAUCACCACGACCACAACGACGCGACUGCCUCCAACCACGGUGGGGGCCACGGUGACGGCAUGAACGGAGACCAGGAGCAGGCUAACAACGAGGGGGAGGAGGAAGAAGAGGAGGAUGAGGAGGAGGAAGAGGAGGAGGAGGAGGUGGACACCCUCAACUACCUGCAGCCGGUGCCCACACGCAAGCGGAGGGCGCUCCUGCGCGCCAGCGGGGUGCGGCGGAUCGACGCGCUCGAGAAGGACGAGUGCCGGGACAUCCGGGCCUCGCGGGAGUUCUGCGGCUGCACCUGCAAGGGCCGCUGCUUGCCUGACUCAUGCUCCUGCUCACUCGCGGGCAUCGCCUGCCAGGUGGACCGCAUGUCAUUCCCGUGCGGCUGCACCCAGGAGGGCUGUGCCAACGCGUCGGGCCGCACCGAGUUCAACCCGGUUCGGGUGCGCGCCCACUUCCUGCACACCCUGAUGCGCCUCGAGAUCGAGAAGCAGCAGCAGCAGGGGCUGGACCGGCCGGACCUGGCGCUUGCCGGGCUGGCCUCCCAGGCUGGACCGGGCUUCCACUGCCUCGACCCCCGGCGCCUGCUCUACUACAACGGAGGGGCGCUUCCGCCCGGCAUAGCGUCCGCCUGCCAGUACAGCUCGGAAGAAGACGACGAAGAGGACGAGGAGGAGGAGGAGGACACGUCGUGCUCCGAGAACUCCGACUACUCCACGACCGAGGAGGAAGAGGGCGAGCCGGCGGCGCGCAAUGGGAGGCCGCCUCCGCACCGCGACUACACGGACCUGAGCUGCGCGGUGUCCAAAGGGAGCGCUGGCACGGCGCUGGCAACGCGUGGGGUCGUGCCCGUGGACCCGGUGUUUGUGGGGUGCGGGGACUGCGCAACGGACGGACUCAUUGCGGCGGCCAACCAGGGGGACAGCGGCAACGCAGCGUCGGAGGAGAACGGCGCUGAGGAGGAGGAGGGGUCGUCGUCAACAGCAACGACUGACAGCGCGUUCGGCGAGAUCAUUAAGGCAUCGCUAGGAGAGGUGGCCACGUUGUGAUUUGGCCACGCUUUCUUUCCCCCUCCCCUUCGUCGUCCCUGAAAGAGGACGCCCGUGCACUGACACUUUCUCGACAAGUGAUGAGCACAUCGUCGUGUACGAUUGGAAGCCAAGCGCUCGAAGACGUGAUGCUUCUGUUCUUGUUUGUUGUAGGUGUAUUUCUUUGGUGGGUCUUUUUUUUUUUCCUCCUUUCGCUUUCUCGAUUAGCCGUACCCUCUCAACAUGUGUGAAGCCCGUAGUGGUCCUGCUUAACGAAAUCGUGGGCUCGCUAGAAUGGGGAUCUUUGCGGGGGAAUUGCGUAGGAGAGAAAAUAAUGGGCACAUGCCCUGGCACUUUUAGGGCGGGAAACGCCUUGCGCGUCUCCGGUAGGACAAGACGGUAAUGAACGGUAUGCUGAUUGACGUCGCAGAUUGUGCAGUGUUUUUAUUCGGCAAAGGAGGACCUUUUUUUUCUCAAAAUUAGUAUGCUUUAUUCAUUCUACUCUUUUUUUAAGCAUGGAACGCUGCUUGUGGAUUGUGCGUGAUACAUUGUGCUUGCCUUCUGUGUCAUAAUGAAGGGUACAAAGUUUAGGUGGGCUAAGUAAUCUGGUGCUCUUAUGUACAGCUAAACUUUAGAGUAAUUGUCUACUGAGUGAGGCAUUGAUGGAGAGGAAAAAUCUUCCCUAAAGCGAAUCUUGUCACUGUAUGCUGCUAAAUUUUUCCCGGAAACAAACUCCCAAGUUACAGUCUGUGCUUCAUUUUGUCAACAAGUUUGGUAUGGGCAAGCAGUUUGGGACAUGUCAAUCAUUGUGGAGCUGUUGCUUUGAGACUGUGUUUUGCCUGCUUAAUUGAGGCACCUGCUUUUUGUUUACUUGGCGACAAACAUCAAUUUUUAUUUAACAGAAUAGAGCUCAUUUAGAUAGUGAAUUUGUGAUUCUUUUUUCCUAUAUUCAAUCCAGGCACAACCACCAUAAUAUCCCGGGAGAUGGCCCACCUAAAAUCAAGUGCAAAUCGGGUGAAAAUAUGGAGGGGGCUAUCUUUCGGUGUGCAAUCAAGAAAAGUUUAAAAAACACCAUUUUUAGGUAGUUUGUCCCUUCCAAGCUUGUUAUCGUGGAGAGGGGCAAUGAAGGAAAGAACGCUAUAGCUCCCAGUCAGCCACGUUCGCUUAUAUCCAGCCAUAGCUUAUUUGCCGCAUUUACGACGAGGCCAUUAUUGAUUUCAACACUACUAUUGCUAGAAUUGGGCUAUCUUUUGGAGAAAAUAUAGCGAAUGAAGGCAAACAUAAGGGUGGGCUAUCUUUCAAGGGUGGGGUAUCUCUCGGGAUUUUACGGUAGUUUGGAAUGGCCGUCACUUUGUUUCUCUAUGGUGGCUUAAGUCGGUUCCGGUUUCGUUCCAGUAUUACAGUUUAGGAUGAUUUCUCUAUGCUCAAUCAAGUUUUCUCAGCUUCUGUCACAUAUUUCCAAAGUGUAACUCCAUCACUUUGCCAAUACAGUCAUUAUGAAAAAUAUAUUUCUUUUAGAAAAAUAUGUCUACUGUAACAAAUUUAUACCUCUUUAUUCACAGUGUUUUAACAGGAAUUUGGAGAUUCAUUUAGUAGUUUUUAUUUAUUUGUAUGGUUAUAAAAUGGUCUUGGAUGAAUGUACAGAAGAGUCAAGUUUCAACGCAUUCUGUUGGGGCCAACCUGCUGAAAUGAACAGAUUUGAUUCUUGUGAUAGAUAGGAGAGCUUACCAAGUUUGAUUUCUUAUGGGUCGCUGCCAAAUUUUAUUCAAAUGUAGCCAUUACAUUUGGUGUUUCAAAAAGGGAGUGCAACAUUUGGGUGCCCAAUUGUAUUUAUGAAAAGUUAGAAGUUCCAUAAACCUACAACCUACAGAUCAAUUGCAUAUCUUGAUCAACUUGUUACAGGGCAGAACACAUAUUUUGCAGCAAUUGAACAUUAAGUGAUAGUUGUUUUAUGUUCUGGUAGGUUAUCAGUUUUGGCAGAAGGCGACAUUUUCAAAAUUGAAAAAAACUGGCCAGCAAAACAUUGAUUUUUCAAAUUUUGAAUUACGACCAAGUUGUUUCAGAGAAAUCCAGGUUAUGACUCUAGCAAUAACUGGAUACACAGGUGACUUGGAAUGUGCAAAACUGGAUGGUUACGUAGCUUAGUAAUGUAGCCUUUGGGACAGGCAUUUUGUUUUUAAGUGUGUAUUUGGCAAAAUGCAAGACCCUUGACAGAAAGUGUGUUGGAUUGCAUGUGCCAUUUCCAUCUUGUAUUUUAACUAAUUUUGCAUGCAAGCAGUUCAUAUGGAUUUGUGGACAGAUAAGCAUGGAUCUAGAUCUGUUGUUUGUUGGUGUGACUUUAAAAAAGAUGUUGCUACGCCUGCUCACUUUUGUUCAUCGUGCAGUGCGAGUCGUGACAUGAAAUUGCCAGACUGUUUAGAAUCUUGCCGAGAAAGAAUUAUAUUGUCGUCCUACUUACAUCUGCCAAAGGUAGUUUUUCUUAAUGCAGUAUUGCCUUUCUGUCUCGAAGUUCAUUUUUAUCCCAGUUAAUGCUUGUGUUGAAUUAUUUGCAUCAAGUCUGUCACAUUACGACAAGCAAGUGAGGGUGUUGUAUAACUGAGCUCCGUGCAAAGGAACCACCAGAAUCAACAUGACCACAAAAUGUGUCGCUGAUGACCAGAAUCUAUAUUCAUCUUUCCUGUUCUGACAUAAAAGGAGCCCUUAUCAACAGCCAUUGAUUUCAAGAUAUUACUUAUCCUCGUACUACAAGCAGCAUCUUGCAGGUCAUUGCCUUGCCAUGUCCAAACCCUUUAGCAGAACUAAAGGUUCUAAACUGUUGCCAAGUUCUACCGGUCUGCAAUGAAAUUGGUUGACUCUUGAAUUCACGCUUGUAAAGCUUGACCGCAUUCCCACUGGCCGGCACAAUGUUGGCUCACUUCCAAGUUUCAUCUGGACCACGCUGUUGUUUGAAACAUGCUCUCUAAACGUUUCAGCAAAGACAAUGUUCGAGAUGCGAUAGACUUAAUGUUGGUUGCAUCCCUUACCAAGAGUUAUCUUGUGCGGACCCCCAUGGUACUUUUUUUCCAAAUUCUCUCCAGCGUGACCGCUGAGUGACAAGUGUGCUUCGCAUGUACGGAUUAUGUAGAGCAUUUAUUGUGCCGUGGUCAGGCAUGCUCCUUUCCCCGUUUCACCGACAUGAGCAUGCAUUCAGCGUAACUGAGAGAUAGAAGAUAGCGACUUCUCAUCACUGAAGAUUGAGAUUGCCAUGAUUUAAAGGUGUGGGAAAGAAUUUGUUUUAUUGCAGUAACGUUGUGCGGUGCGACUCCAAGGUUUUAUUCCAGCCAAAUUUAAAAUGACGUAUAUGGCAAAGCCAAAGUUUUAUUUGGCUUUCUGUAGUUGAAUGGAAAUAUGUAACUAAUAACUGUCUAAAAAAAAAAAAAAAAAACUGCAUAUAGUUUUUUUUGUUUCUUUUAAGUGUCUGACACUUAAUUGUUUGAUAUUUUUUCGAUUAUUGUCUCGUCACAUUCGUGUGCCCCAGUUAUGUGUGAUGCUUCUGUGUACAGCACUGAGAACCCUGAGACGAUUGAGCUAGCGUUGUGUCACAAGUAACAUGAAGCAAAUCUAUUCAUCUUGCCGCAUGUCAGACCCCCCUCCCCGAUGCUUCUGCCGUGCAUUGUGAAGCGUAAGAUUUGGAGAUGCUGACUUCGUUGAAACAUUUUGAAGCUAUUGAGAUGUAUGCUUGCGUAUGAAAUUGUCUUCAAUCCCAUUCUAGUUUCGAUGAAAGUUGUGCUGUUAUUAAAAAUACCUGCCCUUUCACGCGGAA